AUGGGCUUGGGGAGCCAGAAGAGAAGUGAGGAUUUGACACACGUGAGGAGGUUGACUCCACUGGAUGUUACGGAUAUCCGCGGGGAUGGUAAUGGUACCGAUACUGUUGAUACGGAAGUGGGCUGGACGCAGUGUGGACACCUUACUUUCCAUAGAUGUAGACUGCUUCUGUGCGCCCAGGAGCUCAGUGAAUUACAUCACAGUGAAGCCUGUGAACCAAAUUCUGCUUUGUGUUUGGUGGUUCGCUUAGUGUUGACUCAAGAAAGUUUACGGGAGAUGAAGAACUUGUGUGGUAUACCGGAGGGCGUGGUUCGGCAGGCCGAGCUCGGUGAAGAAUGCCAGCCUAAAGAGGGGCGAUCACCGGCAAUCCCUUGCGGGAGACAGGAGAUGUGGAUCUUGGGGGUAUACACCGACGACGUAAAUUCAUUGACUGGGCAGAAGGGAGCUAUUCUUGAGGCAAUUCGAGAAUAG